AUCACUGGGUAAAUUCAGUUUUUCUGCCAUCUCCAACUGUGUAAAACGAAUUCAAGAAAAAAAUAGAAUAUUCAUAUUUUUCUUUGAAUUUGAGGCCGCUGCACGACUAUGUCUGAAAACGAGGCCGUGGAGGCGGCACCAGCAGAUUCUACGGUAUCCACUGAAGAAUCCAGCAAGGAUGAGACACCGACGAAGCCGCUGCAAAUGUCGUUUGCAGAUUGGAAAAAGUGCAAGGAGGCGCUGAAACCGGAUUCGAAAGGCGGACCACAGCGCAGCAACAACAAUAGUGCUGCCAAUAACAAUAAUAAUAAUAACAAUAACAACAAUGGACGUAAACAAUGGUUGCCGAAUGACAACAGAAACUUCCAAGGAGGCGGAGGACCAAGGAACGACUACCAGGACAGAAAUAACUAUCCGCCUCUAAGCAGACCCCCGCCGCUGCCAAUGCAGCUGAUGAACAUGGGAUUUGGGGGCAACUUUGGGCCGGGUCCCUGCGGUCCACCAAUGGGAGGUCACUCCAUGGGUCCUGGGGGACCAAUGGGCUUUGGAAGACCACCUGGUGGCCCCGGGCCCAGACGCAACCAGAACCAGCGACCACUGCAACCGCCUCCGUUCUGGGAGGAUAUGAUGUCGCCGCAACACCGACCACCACCCAUCCAACCGCCCAUGCCAAAAUGCCCCAGCCUGUGGAACCUCGUGCCUAAGGAGCGCAGCCAGCAGCGAAACAAUCAACAGAAUAACAAAAAAUUCAAGCCGAAUAGUCGCGGAACCAACGUCAAAGAUUCUAAGCUAAUGCCUCCACCGCCGCCGCCGCCAAGCGAUGGCAACAAUUCGCAGUCGAACGGAGAAGCCCAACCCUCUAAGAAGCCCAAGCGGAGCGGCACCUUUGUCCAGGUCAACGGUCAGUGGAUACAGAAGCCAGAGGCACCACCGCCGCUGGAAGAUGCGCCACCUGGUACAAAGGAGGAGCGCCAACGCCAGUGGAAGGAGUACCGCAUGGCCAUGAAGCCGUUCAAGAAUCGCGAGUUUCACAACUGGAAGCGAACGGUGCAACGUUUGGGCAAGCUGCCGCGUGACCAACUAGACGAACAGCAGCUAGAGCGUCUUGAAAAGGCCGAGGAGUACAUAGGCGCCCACAAGGCCAUGCUGACGGUGAAGCACGCGGAGCGUUGGGUGCAGCAGGAUAGCAAGAACGAAAAGGGUCAGCUGUAUGUGCGCAAGUCGCCGAACGUUGGCUCCUGGGACAUGCCCAAGGAGAAGCCACCGAAUGGCUGUCAAUCGAUGCACGAUUUCAAGAAGCAACAGAUGCAGAAAUUCUUCGGUACUGGGCGUGCCAUUAAGGGCGGUGCGGAUCUCUCGGUCAUUGGACAGUUGGCGCCACCGCCGCCACCUCCUGACUCGACGCCGCAAGCUAACAACUACUGGCCCAGUGGGUCAGCCAUCAACACGGGCUCCAACUCCAAUCCCUCUUUCUUCAGCCACUACAGCAACAGCUUCGUCAAGGGUGGAACUAUGCUGCCUCCCUAGGACUGAUCCCGGAAAUUAACCCAAGAUGUGGGUUUUAACCGCUUUCCAUUUGCAUGGCACCUGCAACAAAUAUACACACUUACGUUUCAAGGGCAGCAGUUUCUUCUACAACUUUGAUCGACGGACAUCGGUAUUUGUAUUCAGAUAAAUGUAACAAAAUCAAUUUGACACCCAGA